GCUCAGAACAACCACCUUCCCAUUGCCGCCAGGCCAGCGCCACCGUCUCCGAUGGCUCUAGCUUUACUACCCGUAUCAAUCGCUCUCCUCUUCCUCGCAUACAAACUCUACUACAAACUACGCUUCAACCUCCCGCCGGGGCCCCGGACGUUGCCGAUCGUCGGCAACCUCUACCACAUAAAGCCCCUCAGGUUCCGGCACUUCGCGGAGUGGGCCCAAGAAUACGGCCCCAUAUUCUCCGUCUUCUUCGGGUCACAGCUCAAUGUGGUGGUCUCCACGGCGGCGCUGGCCAAGGAAGUGCUCAAGGACAACGACCACCACUUGGCCCACCGCUUCCGGACUAGAUCCGCCUCUAACCUCAGCCGGAACGGCAUGGAUUUGAUCUGGGCCGAUUAUGGGGCCCACUAUGUCAAGGUCAGAAAGCUCUGCAAUCUCGAACUCUUCACUCCUAAGCGCCUCGACUCUCUUAGACCCAUCAGAGAAGAUGAAGUGAGUGCCAUGGUUGAGAACAUCUUCAGAGACUGUACUAAACCAGGUAAUAGUGGUAAAAGCUUGUUGAUGAGGAAGUACUUGGGGUCAGUGGCAUUCAACAACAUAACCAGGUUGACAUUUGGGAAGAGGUUUAUGAAUAGUGAGGGGGAGAUUGAUGAACAAGGGCAGGAGUUCAAGGGCAUUGUAUCCAAUGGGAUAAAGAUUGGGGCGAAGCUCCCAAUGGGAGAAUAUGUUCCAUGGCUCCGUUGGGCAUUCAAGGUUGACAAUGAAGCUCUUGAGAGCCAAGCUUCUCGCAGAGACAGACUCACCAGGAGGAUCAUGGAGGAGCACACUGCUGCUCGCAACAAAACCGGUGAUACCAAGCAACACUUUGUGGAUGCCUUGCUCACUCUUCAAAACCAGUAUGACCUUACAGAUGACACUGUUAUUGGUCUUCUUUGGGACAUGAUCACAGCAGGAAUGGACACCACUACUAUAUCAGCAGAAUGGGCAAUGGCAGAACUUGUUAAGAACCCGAGGGUGCAACACAAGGCACAAGAAGAGCUAGACAGAGUAAUUGGCUCAGAUAGGAUAAUAACAGAGUCUGAUUUCUCUCAGCUUCCAUACCUUCAAUGUGUAGCCAAGGAGGCACUCAGGCUCCACCCUCCAACUCCCCUAAUGCUCCCCCACAAGGCCAGCACCACCGUCAAGAUCGGAGGCUACGACAUCCCCAAAAACUCCAUCGUGCACGUCAACGUGUGGGCCGUAGCUCGCGAUCCGGGCGUGUGGAAGGAGCCUCUGGAAUUCCGACCUGAACGGUUCGUGGAGGAGGAUGUGGACAUGAAGGGGCACGACUAUCGGCUCCUGCCCUUUGGCGCGGGGAGGCGCAUAUGCCCCGGCACACAGCUGGCCAUCAACAUGGUGACAUCAAUGCUGGGGCAUUUGAUGCACCAUUAUACAUGGACGCCCCCUCCAGGAGUGAAGGCUGAGGAUAUUGACAUGACAGAGAGCCCUGGAAUGGUCACCUAUAUGCAUAACCCAUUGCAAGCUGUUGCUACUCCUAGAUUGCCUGCACACUUGUACAAACGUGUGCCAUAUCAAAUGUAAUUCCUUUUCGUUGCUUUUGCAUUGGGACAAACAAUAAUGACACACUUUUCAUCUUGAGAAGUGGUAUUUACUUUCCUGUGUUUAUAGCGCAGCCUUAAUUUAAGUAAUU